AUGUCCAGCAUUGAACUCGACGAAAUAUCCGCGGCCGAAGAGCCUUCAACACGCAACUCCGUCCGGGGCAGAAGGCCCCUAGUUGAUGGGACUCCAGAUGAACAGGCUGAUGGCCCAGGCAGUCAUGACGAUGCGAGCGUCGCGAGCCAGCCAGAUAACCCUGAUGGCGCACCCCAUCCAGCGGCACAGGAAGGGCUGGGAGCAGCACAGAGUAACGCAUCAAUGGCCACGCAGGUGACGCCGGUACCUCCGCAUUUCCUCCGAUUCCGCCGAACUGCGUUCGCCGAGACCAUCACCGUGCUCUCUUCCAUCAUCGCUAUCAUAGUUGGGUUCGGUGCAUGGCAGGCAACCAACAAAAGCAACGAAAUCGGACUGGCCAGCUAUAAGAUAUCGGCGUGGGCACUCUACAAUGACCAUGAUAGUAUCAAAUAUACAGCCGAAUGCCGGCAGAUCCUGGGUGAUAGCCUCGACCAUCUCGUCCUCGAGGAGAGGCAGCUCCACGGCUCAGUCACGCACUCGAAAUCUGUCAGCAUUGAGGUUUCUAAUCCCCGAGAAGAUGAGCCUAGCAAGUUUCUCGUCCUCCUCAACCGCAUGGGAGUCAUGGUCAUAGUGCGACAUGCGUUUCUCGUCCUCAUCAACUACAUGGGAGUCGUGCCAAUGCCUUCUUCCUAA